AUCUAAAAAUGCAUAUAUGUAUAACGUCUCCUCUUGGCUUUCUCUCUCUAAAAGUUGUUUGAAAUCUCAUCUCUAUCUUUGAUCUGCACACACACACAGAGAGAGAGAGAGAAAGAGAAAUGGCUUCGAAUAUAGGGAUGAUGGACAGUGCGUACUUUGUGGGGAGGAAUGAGAUUCUUCAAUGGAUCAAUGCCAGGCUUCAGCUCAAUCUGUCUCGCAUUGAAGAGGGUGCUUCCGGUGCUGUGCAAUGUCAGAUGAUGGACAUGACCUAUCCAGGAGUUGUUCCAAUGCACAAGGUGAAUUUUGACGCAAAAUCAGAAUAUGAUAUGAUCCAGAAUUACAAAGUGCUGCAAGAAGUAUUUAAUAAACUGAAAAUUGACAAGCAUAUUGAAGUCAAUAGACUAGUUAAGGGUCGACCUUUGGACAACUUGGAAUUUUUACAAUGGCUAAAACGCUAUUGUGAUUCUGUAAAUGGUGGCAUUAUGAAUGAGAACUAUGAUCCUGUGGAGCGCAGAAGCAAGGGUGGUAAAGAACGAUAUCCGAAGGGUUCUUACAAGAACUCAAAAUCACUGCAAGCAAACAAUUUGCAUAAUUCUGGCUCUGGUUGUGGAAUAGGUCUUGGUGAGACUUUUGGGACUAAGCAAGGUAAAACAGGUGCUACUUCGGGAGAGAUUCAAGCUCUGAACAAGGAGAUCACUGAUCUUCAGCUAUCUGUGGAUGUCUUGGAAAAAGAAAGAGAUUUCUAUUUUGCAAAGUUACGAGAUAUUGAAAUACUCUGUCAGACUCCCGAGCUAGAACAUAUUCCGAUGGCUGUGGCAAUCAAGAAGAUUCUGUACGCUGCCGAUGAGAAGGAGUCGGCACUUGAAGAAGCUCAAGAAAUCAUUGGCGAAUCCAUCGAUGAAGUUGACCCAAGCACUGACUGAAAUAAUAGAAAUUCUUGCCUAUGAAGGACACCGAGGGGCAUUCUGGUAAACAAAUCCUUGGUGUUCUUCGAUUUCGUUAUACCAGUGAUCAUUCAUUCACCGUCUCUAGAUUUUGGACAGAUUUUAGAGUUAAAUUUUGGACUUUCUUUUCGUGUAUGUGUUGCCCGGAUGAUUGAUUGACCAUUGGAAUGAAAAAUUGCAAAUUGUAGAAAAAUACUUUCCAUGGUUACAACUACCUUUCUUGGUGCUUGUGAAA